CAGUGUGACUGUGCUGUAGCAUUCCGUCAGACUGAGUCAGUUUGUCUGCAGAACUUAGAAACAUGGCUUCAUCCUUCCUCUGCCUCCUCUUCAUCAGCCUCAGCACAGCAGAUGGAUUCAUGACUUACAGACUGUCUCGCUGUGACUUUAACUCCACGGAGCUGAAGGACAUCCGGUUCACCGACUCUUACUAUUACAACAUGAUAGAGAUCAUCAGGUUUGACAGCAAUGUGGGGACGUUUGUUGGAUUCACUGACUUUGGAGUGAAGACCGCAGAGGCCUGGAACAAUAUUCCUGCAAGGCUGGCUACCAUGAGGGCUCAGAAGGGGACGUACUGCAAACCAAACAUUGAUGUUAGAUACCACAACCUUAUGUCUAAAUCAGCUCCGCCCACUGUCAAACUUCACUCCACCACGCCUCUCUCCAGUCACCAUCCUGCCAUGUUGGUCUGCAGUGUCUAUGACUUCUUUCCCAGUAAGAUCAAAGUGAGCUGGCACAGAGACGGACAGGAAGUCACCUCUGAUGUCACUUCCACUGAGGAGAUGGAGGAUGGGGAUUGGUACUACCAGACCCACUGCUACCUGGAGUACACACCCAGGUCUGGAGAGAAGAUCUCCUGUGUGGUGGAGCACGCCAGCCUGGAGAAACCUCUGAUCACUAACUGGGAUCCCUCCUCAUCCUCAUUCAUGCCUAAGACAGAGAGGGACAAGCUUGCCGUCGGCGCCUCAGGACUGCUCCUCUGUCUGAUCUUGUCUCUGGCUGGGUUCAUCUACUACAGACAGAGAGCUCGAGGUCGUAUCCUGGUUCCCACAAACUGAGGCUGUUCCUGGUCCUGGUUUUCUCUGAUGUUUUAAAGUCAGCUGCUUCCUGUGUUUAGCAGACUGAUGACGGUGUAGCCAAUAUGUCAGCACACCAAAGAAUAACUGAAACAAUAUCUGUGCCAAAAGAAGAAAAUGUAUUCAGGGUCUGACUGCAGUUUACCAUCUGUGCUUAAUAUGUUAUAGAGCAGCGGUCCCCCAACCCCGAGUCGUUUGGUGCCGGGCUGUGAGAGUUGAGGUUCGGGUGUAAAAUGUAUGGUUUUCAGGGUUUUUAGCGGUUUUUAGUGUUAUUUUUGUUUUUGUCGUUAACUCGGUUUUUGUGGGUCUUUAAACGCGUGUUAUGAAUAAAUCUUCUUUUUUCGUUAGCGGUGCUAAUUUUCUUUUGUGGUGUUUAUUUGCGACACCUUAAAGGCCGUGAAAACAUUGUCAGGCAUAAACCGGUCCGUGGCGCAAAAAAGGUUAGGGACCGCUGCCAUAGAGAUUUCUGGAUUGGAGCAUGUCAUCCUUCAGGACUCGCAUCCACUUUGAAAAGAAGAGAAGCUGUUCUUUACGGGAUAUUUGGUGUAUUACGGUAGCACAAAGCAUUCACAGGCUACUGCUGUCUGAACUCUGCUUAGGUUUUACCGUCAGUGUUUUGCAAUGCCGUAGCUCCUCCACCAACUGGGCUAGAGAGACAUUUCAAAGACGAGCUUUACUAAACUUUACUGUGCAUCAUUACAGUCCAAUCACAGAUAAGAAUUGAUGAUUGAUUGAUGAUGAUGCACGGAGCAGAGAGGCAGGAAUGGAGAAGUGGCAACGCACAAAAAAAGAGCAGGAGAUUUAAAAACUCCAGUGUGGCCCAGGCUGAAAAACCUUUUUAUACAUAUUUUUUAUAUUUCAUAUUUAAAGUUGGUGUUGUGUUACAUUUUGUUCAUGUUCAAUAUCAGUUUCCACUUAAGUAUAAAGCUGAAAAAACUGUCUGUUUUGUUUCUUUCUAAAUGUCUGUAUAUAGUCUGGCCAGCAAAUACUAAAAAUGAAAAGAGCUACAGUGUCUUGCAAAAGUAUUCGGCCCCCUUGAACUUUCCCACAUUUUGUCGC